CCUCCCGGGUCCGCAGUAGAAAACACUGCCCUCUCCCUUCUUGACCCCUGUCCCUUCCUUCCUGCCUUCCUUCCUUCCCUCCCUCCCUCGCUCCUGCCGCCGUCGCUUCUGGUGCCGCUGCUGCUGGAGGAGCUCCUGGCACGGUGAUGGGGUCUCGGGCCUCCACGUUACUGCGGGACGAAGAGCUCGAGGAGAUCAAAAAGGAGACUGGUUUUUCCCACAGUCAGAUCACCCGCCUCUACAGCCGGUUCACCAGCCUGGACAAAGGAGAGAACGGGACACUCAGCCGGGAAGAUUUCCAGAGGAUUCCAGAACUUGCCAUCAACCCACUGGGGGACCGGAUCAUCAAUGCCUUUUUUUCAGAAGGGGAGGACCAGGUAAACUUCCGUGGAUUCAUGAGGACUUUGGCUCAUUUCCGGCCCAUUGAGGACAACGAAAAGAGCAAAGACGUGAACGGGCCAGAACUGAACAGCCGAAGCAGCAAGCUGCACUUUGCUUUUAGACUGUACGAUCUGGAUAAAGAUGACAAGAUCUCCCGUGAUGAGCUGUUACAGGUGCUCCGCAUGAUGGUUGGAGUGAACAUCUCAGAUGAGCAGCUGGGCAGCAUCGCAGACAGGACCAUCCAGGAAGCCGACCAGGAUGGGGACAGUGCCAUAUCUUUCACAGAGUUUGUGAAGGUUUUGGAGAAGGUGGAUGUAGAACAGAAAAUGAGCAUCCGAUUUCUUCACUGAAGGACAGAGACCAAGCCAUUCCUCACUCUCUAGUAUUUAAGAACUGGAACUUUAGAGCCCUCCUGCCCACCAGCCCCACCUCCACCCUAUUGUCCCCUUCCCAGAGUAUUCCUGCGAUUGCAUGACAACCCAAACCCCAUCUUUCCACAAGGCCCUGCCUUUGUUGUUGACCCAGAGCACGAUGGCAUGCUACCCCGGUCCGUUUCUGCUCAGUGGCCAUCCACCGGUCCUCCAUCUAUAAACACCGUCUCCCCUGCUUUGCUGCUGAAUGCUACCUUCCAUCCCAUCUGAGAUAGUGAGAGAGGGAUUCCUGCCAAGAAUGACAAGCCAGCAAGGCUGUCACUGAUGUAGACAACAGCCAUACUACCUUGCCAGCAGUGAAGCUCUGGCUGCUCCUGCAUCCUGUCUACAAGUCCUUUGCUUCCUCCCUCCUGGUCACCCAGCCUACCAUCCACUUCUUCCAGCUUCCCUGCUUUUUAUUAAGCCUCACAGUUACCUCUGCUCCACUUGGCACCCCAGGUACGCUUGUUCAAUCUGUUUCUGGGUUGGCAGGAUAGUUGGGUGAUCUCGAUUAUCACUUCGUGGGUCUCUGGGAUGUUGCCUUUCCAGGAGCUUCUCAGUAACCACUUCUCUUGAAAGAAUGUGACCCCCUCCUUGGUCCCCUGCACUGCAGCAUCAUCAGAGGGCUUCUGAGUGGAGAAGUCCUUUGUGAAAGGUGGCCUUGGUGAGAAGUGUAGAGCUGAAUCUUCUAGGUGGCUUGCCCAGGUCACUCUACCUCUGGCCUCUGAUUCCCAUGGCUCCUCUUGUGAGUGCAGUGUUAACUAUUCAGAAAAUAGUCCUGUGUCUGCAAGUUUGCUUAGCUUUGGGACACUGUGACCACCAUAGCGGCUGUUCUGACAGCAUACUUGGGGACCUUCUUGUGGCUUUUUGAACAAGGGGGCUGGAUGCCCCAUAAAGCCCCUGUGUUCACACGCUGCAGCCUGGGUUAUGCCUGUGUUAGCAUGCACUGGACUGUUUCCAGGUCACAUUUGCAAGUAGAAAGAUUAGUGCUACAGAAGUGCCUAACUUAUCCCAGUCCAAAAGAAUUAAAGAUUACGUCUUGAAAUUUUGCAUAAAAUUCCCUGUGAAUUUUACACUUGGCAAAUGUUAAUGCAGGAAGCCAUAGUCAGCUCCUAAUACAGAUCCAGAGCAUUGAAUGUACUGUAUCAUUAGCUGCCUGGUUACAUCACCUUCCUAGCUCCUAGUGUAGACUCCUGAAAACCAGGGGUCUGACACUGGUGGCACAACCUGAGGUGGCAUUAGAGGUUUUUGAGUGAGCCAGAGCAACUUUUCUGCCAAAGUCAGCUUCAUUUAGACUUUCUGGAAUCAGGCAAUUGCCAUCCCAUGUCUGUCUGUACAGGUUUAUUUAUUCAUCUGAUGCCCUUGGCUGACUUUCUCUGACUCGUUGCUUGCUGUUUGCUUGCUAGUUUCCUUGCUUUGGAAGGCUAUCAAAGAUGUAUAAACAAUUCUUUAGGAAGGAAAUUGCUUAAAAAAAAAAAUACCACUGCAAAGGAAUGGGUAAAGGUGGGGAACAGAGAGGCAUGACCAGGCUGGAUGGUUCAAGUAUAAACGGGUGAGGAAUUCUUCAUGAAGUAUCAGUUAACUCUAUGAUCAAGUGAUACUAAAUAGGAAUUAUACCAAAGGGAAAACUUGGCUGUUAAGAGAGGUACUUCAGAGGCUCCUUGAUUUCCAUCUUUAGAGUUCCUGAGAUACGGCUUCCCUCCUUUGGCUGUCUAGCGAACUGUUUUAUUCCACAGUUGUGCCUUAUUGUCCCCAGUUGUAUUCUUUGAUCCAUCAAUAAAAGACUUACG